AUGACCUUAAGGAGUGGCAAGGAAGUUCAAGGACCCGAACCGGUGAUUCCUAAAGACAAGGACGAGGAACGGAUUGAGAAAGAAUUGAAAGAGGAGGGCACAGACAACAAAAAUGCAAAGGUAACCUCGAACCCAAUUCCUACAACUAAAACUAAUCCACCUCCCUUUCCUAGCAGGUUAGAGAAACCAAAGAAGCAAGAUAAGGAAAAAGAGGUCUUGGAGAUCUUUCGCAAGGUGGAGAUCAACAUACCCCUGCUGGAUGCGAUUAAACAAGUACCCAGGUACGCAAAAUUUUUGAGGGACUUGUGUGCCAACCGCAAGCGGUUGAAGGGGGAUGAACGAGUUAUAGUUGGGGAGAAUGUUUCAGCAAUUCUACAAAGGAAACUUCCACCAAAAUGCGGAGAUCCAGGCCCUUUGAAAGAGACUGGGAUAAUAAUCCAAUUAGCUGACAGGACCAAUGCAUACCCUGACGGGUUGAUUGAAGAUGUUUUGGAGGUUUUUGAAAUUGAAGGCAGGGAUGAACUAGAGGUCGUCCUGACCAGGCACUUUGAGUCCGAAACAACCUCUAGGGUAGAAUUGAGUGAAGAGCUUAAAUGCGUGAUUGGAUCGUUGCAAACGUUACCAACCACGAAGACAAGGUAUGAUCUUGCACCGAUUUUCAUACCCGAACCUCAUCAAAGGUUACUUACAUCUGUGGUGCAGGCACCUGUCUUGGAACUAAAACCACUGCCGAAACACCUAAAGUAUGUAUACUUAGGUGAAGGGGAGACACUUCCAGUGAUCAUCUCCGCGGGUUUAUCAAAGGUUCAAGAAGAGAAACUACUUCGAGUUCUUAGGGAACAUAAGCAGGCGAUAGGAUGGACCAUCGCCGACAUCAAGGGAAUUAGCCCCGCGGUGUGUAUGCACCGAAUUCGACUCGAGGAGAAUGCUAAACCCGUACGGCAAGCUCAACGGAGAUUAAAUCCUCUCAUGAUGGAGGUCGUAAAGAAAGAGAUUUUAAAACUGCUGGACGUUGGAAUUAUAUUUGCAAUAUCAGAUAGCCCGUGGGUAAGUCCAGUACAGGUGGUCCCGAAGAAGGCAGGGGUGACAGUGGAAUCAAACCAAGAGGUAUCAUCUACAGGUAUUGAGGUUGAUAAGGCAAAAAUAAAUGUUAUAUCUACUUUACCUUACCCCGCGAGUGUGCGGGAAGUUCGUUCCUUCUUGGGUCACGCAGGUUUCUAUAGAAGGUUCAUCAAGGAUUUCUCGAAAAUUGGAGCACCCUUGUUCCAACUUUUGCAAAAAGAUGUAUCCUUCGAAUUUGAUGAAACAUGUAAGGGGGCAUUCAAUAAGUUAAAGGAGUUAUUGAUCACCUCACCUAUUAUCCAACCCCCUGACUGGAACCUCCCAUUCGAGAUCAUGUGCGACGCCAGUGACUAUGCAGUUGCUUUGCGGUAUCUGUUGACCAAAAAAGAGGCUAAACCGCGAUUGAUACGGUGGAUAUUGUUGCUACAGGAGUUCAACCUGGAGAUCCGAGAUAAGAAAGGGGCGGAGAAUCUGAAAAAGAUUGAGGCAGGCGCGUGCAUACGAAGCCAGUGGUGCGAUGAAGGUGGUGGCUGUGAGAGAGAAGAGUUUGCGGCAGCUGGAUCUGGUGGUGCGCGGCUUUCGGGGCUUCAGGCGGAUCUUGGAGGCGGUGGCUAUGGCAAGGGUGAAGGAGGUCAGAUGAGCUGGUGGUCACCCUUGGCGAGGAGAGCCGAGGCAGCGGCGAGAAGAGCUGGGGUGGGCGGCGGUGGGGUGAG